GAGCAGGUGGGGGCGCAGCGCUGCGACGCGCUGGAGAGUCCAGAGGCGGAGGCGGCCGCCACACCUAGGGUGUCGCGGAGCGCCCGGGUCUGGCGCAGGCGGAGUCGCCUUGAAGGCCGCGCGUGUCCCCGGUCUCGGCCCCGCCCCGCGCCGUCCAAUGAGAGCCCGCGGGCUGGAGCGGCUGUCCGCACUUUCGGCCCCGCAGCUCCACACGGUGCCUCUGAACCUCUGACACCGCACCUCGUGCUCUGGCAACGCGCCCCAAGACUCCGGCUCCGCGCCCCGUCGUGGAUUUCCCGACACGGCAACUUACGAUCUUUCCGGGACCCCACGCCCGGCUCUCGGACUCCGCGUGACCGCAGGUCCUCAACCGACUGCGAACUCCAUGGCCACCCAGAGGGGUGAGGUAGGAGCAGCCUGAGUAACCCCAGACUGUGCCCCGUCCACGCCCCUGCGGGCUGUGCGGCGGGCGUCUUCGGGGAGCUAUGCUGAAGCCUGGUGGUGCGGAGGAAGCCGCGCAGCUCGCCCCUCGGCGCGCCCGCGCCCUUGCCCCUGCGCCCGUGCCUAGACCCGUCCUCCCCGACGUCUCUCCAGCUUCGGCCCGCUUAGGUCUUGCCUGCCUUCUUCUGCUGCUGCUGACUCUGCCGGCCCGUGUAGACACGUCCUGGUGGUACAUUGGGGCACUAGGGGCCCGAGUGAUCUGUGACAAUAUCCCUGGUUUGGUGAGCCGGCAGCGGCAGCUGUGCCAGCGUUACCCAGAUAUCAUGCGCUCAGUGGGUGAAGGUGCCCGAGAAUGGAUCCGAGAGUGUCAGCACCAGUUCCGCCAUCACCGCUGGAACUGCACCACGCUGGACCGGGACCACACUGUCUUUGGCCGUGUCAUGCUCAGAAGUAGCCGGGAAGCAGCAUUUGUAUAUGCCAUCUCAUCAGCAGGGGUGGUCCACGCUAUCACUCGUGCCUGUAGCCAGGGUGAAUUAAGCGUGUGCAGCUGUGAUCCCUAUACCCGUGGUCGACACCAUGACCAACGUGGGGACUUUGACUGGGGUGGCUGCAGUGACAACAUCCACUAUGGUGUCCGCUUUGCUAAGGCAUUUGUGGAUGCCAAGGAGAAGAGGCUUAAGGACGCCCGGGCCCUCAUGAACUUACAUAAUAACCGCUGUGGUCGCACGGCUGUGCGGCGGUUUCUGAAGCUAGAGUGUAAGUGCCAUGGUGUGAGCGGCUCCUGUACUCUGCGCACCUGCUGGCGUGCACUGUCAGACUUCCGCCGCACAGGUGAUUAUCUGCGACGGCGCUAUGAUGGGGCUGUGCAGGUGACGGCCACCCAGGAUGGUGCCAACUUCACAGCAGCCCGCCAAGGCUAUCGCCGUGCCACCCGGACUGAUCUUGUCUACUUUGACAACUCCCCAGAUUACUGUGUCUUGGACAAAGCUGCAGGUUCCCUAGGCACUGCAGGUCGUGUUUGCAGCAAGACAUCUAAAGGAACAGAUGGUUGUGAAAUCAUGUGCUGUGGCCGAGGGUACGACACAACUCGAGUCACCCGUGUCACUCAGUGUGAGUGCAAAUUCCACUGGUGCUGUGCUGUGCGAUGCAAGGAGUGCAGAAACACUGUGGAUGUCCAUACUUGCAAGGCCCCCAAGAAGGCAGAGUGGCUGGACCAGACCUGAACACACAGAUACCUCACCAUCCCUCCACUUCAAGCCUCCCAACUCAAAAGCACAAGAUCCUUGCAUGCACACCUUUCUCCACCCUCAACCCUGGGCUGCCAUAGCUUCUAUUUAAGGACUUGGAGAAUAAUCCAGGAGGACUAUGGUGUCCUGGUUCCUUAGCCCUGGGAAGGAGUUAAUAGGGGAUAUAAGAAACUGAGUGGCUCCCUGAUUUCCCCUUUGGAGGUUUGAAGGGAGAGCAGAAGAAGUAGGGGGUCUUCGGAGUGAUUUGAGUUGCACUAAAGUACCUGGUCAAGGCUCAUUUUUCCUUUCCCUUGCACUGGUUUCUAAUACUUCUUGGAUGUGUAAGAGAAAGGGUACCUGGAAACAGCUUUCUUUUGACCCUACCCUGGCUGAGGGUGGACAGGACAGAGAUGAUACUGCAUGAUCCUUUCCUGAAGACAGUUUGAGCAGACUGCCUGAUUCUCCAAGAGAUACUCUUAGGCUAAGCAUUCUACUAUCAAGAGCCUAAGAUUACUAGAGUUAGCCAUAGAGGAUAAAGUUCCAUUCAUGUGCUCAUAUGAUUAUAAACUGUUGUGUUUUAUAGGGGAAAAAAUCAUAUGACUACAAACACACAUUCUUUUUCUUUUCUACCUAUAUCAGACAGUACUGCUUCUUUUGCUCACUUGUUGCCUGUUCAAACUGAGGUGGCAUGCAAUGGUUUCCAUGUUUAACAGAUCUUGAGAACAUCCUGGAACAGUACUGGGAGAG